AUGGCCAAUGGAACAAUUGUCAACUCAGAGGCGAAGUGGUCAGGAACAAUUGAACUCAACGGAGUACGCGCGCAAGGACAAUUCAAAGUUUUCAAUAGCGCAGGAGGAUGGGCCUUCCUCUUUGGCAAACCGCUGUUAACAACGUUUAAAGCAACCCACGACUACGUCACGGACUCAAUCACAGUGUCAAAUGAAUCACAAUCAAUGACACUAGCGAACGAAGUACGACAACCAAGCACAUCGUAUCAAGUGGAGGACAAUGUCAGCCUAACAAUGGACAUCAAACAACAAGAGACAAUUCUGGGGGGUAUCAAAUCACCCCCCUCAAGGCAAGUCUCAAUAACAUCUUUGACACAACCCUGGGAGAAAACUGACCAUGCACCCAAGAAACCACACAUCCCGAGUAAAGAAUCAGCAAACGCGCCGAUGGGACAAUGGAAGCCUCCAAUCCUUAACUUCAAGCGCCAAAACCAGAAACAGAUGAAGCAAAUCUGGAAACGGGUAGCCAAAACCACAGCGCACUCAGUAGAACCAAUGGAAAUGAAAGAAGAAAUGGGAAAUGAGAUACCCCAAGAAGAACGCACAACAGAACUGGGAACCAUCAACGUGAUCAGGUCAGCAGACGAAGCAGAGCCAAUAGACCAAUUAUUGGGCGACCUACCAGAACCAGCCGCGUCAUCAGCAAACCCCUCCAUCUACACCAGACAGACAAACCCCUUCAACCCAGCCAGAAUCACCAAAAUCCUACGUCAAGUCACGUUCAGUGACGACCUUACGGAAAAUGAGCACGCAGAAUUGAGAGAAUUCGUACGGGACAACACUGACUCAUUCGCAUUAGCCCUAAGCGAAGUCACACCAAUACCAGGCGCAAAAGUCAACCUAAACGUCCCAGAAAACGCUAAGUUCAACUUGCGCAUACACCAAUGCCCACUCACCCCAGAACAAUCCAGGUUCUAUAGCGAGCAAGCAGACGAAAUGCUGAAGGCAGGGGUGAUAGAGAGAGCACCACCAGAACUCAUCAAAUGCGUAGCAACCACAGUGAUCGCCCAGAAAGCUCACGAAACAGGAGGACUACCCUUAGCCAAAUUGAAAUGA